AUGACUUCUCUAUCAACCAAGUCUUAUUCGACUCGUGGAGAGCAGCAUGCACAUCCUCUCGCCCGCCGGCUCUUUGACAUCGCGGAGGCCAAACAAUCUAACCUGGUUUUGUCGGCUGAUUUCACGGAUUCGAAGAGCCUCUUGCAGGCCGCGGAUAGCCUUGGGCCAUACCUAGCCGUCUUCAAAACCCAUGUGGAUCUCGUGAGCGACUUCGACAGUAGUACUGUCAAGGGUCUCAACGAAUUGGCCAAGAAGCACAAUUUUCUCAUCUUCGAGGACCGCAAGCUUGUCGACAUAGGUAGCACUGUGCAAAAGCAAUACCAUGGAGGUGUACUGCACAUUUCCGAGUUUGCUCAUCUGGUCAACUUGAGCAUUCUUGGUGGAGACGGCAUCGUGGACGCCUUGACGCAGACGGUUAAUGCGCCGAAUUUCCCGUAUCCUGGAGAGAGGGCAUUCCUUAUCCUCGCCGAGAUGACGUCCAAGGGAAGCAUUGCGGUAGGCUCUUAUACUGAAAAGUGCAUAGAGCUGGCGAGAAAGAACCCAAAGUCAAUGCUAGGCUUUGUUGCCACCAGAGCGCUAUCUGACUUGCUUCCAAGCGCCGGCAUCGCUGGAGAGGAUUUUAUUGUUUUUACCACGGGUGUCAACAUCGCUAGCAAGGGUGACAACUUGGGUCAACAGUACCAGACGCCCUCGGAUGCUGUCGCACGUGGUGCUGAUUUCAUUAUUGCUGGCCGGGGCAUCUACGCAUCCGAGGAUCCGACCAAAACAGCGCAAGAGUACAGGCAGGCAGGUUGGAAUGCGUAUCUCACCCGUGUUGGUCAAUCUACUUGA